UGAGUAGCGGAUGCUUAGCUAAUUUACAGCGGGCCCAGUUUAUUCUGUAAAGAUGGGGAACUUUCCAGAAAGUUCACAGACCGCGAUAUAAAUAGCUUAGAUAGAAAGAAAACGCCAGCGGUCCCUCGGUUUAAAGGGGAGAGGGGGUUGGAAAAGAAACAAGCAGGUGUAACAAGCUAGCAUACAGAGCUAGGCUACCGUCACCAUCUCCUUUUGCAGUGACAGUUUGAAUGAGCGAUUAGCGAGAUAGCUAAUUUAGCUAGUCUCGUACAGUUGGAAUAUAAAAAUGUCUGUUGUGGGGUUUGAUGUUGGAUUUCAAAACAGCUACAUCGCCGUUGCCAGAGGCGGAGGAAUUGAAACGGUGACAAAUGAAUUCACGGACAGAUGCACUCCAGCUGUCGUGUCAUUUGGCCCAAAAAACAGAACUAUUGGCAACGCGGCAAAAAAUCAGCUGAUAACCAAUGCCAAGAACACAGUGUUCAGCUUCAAGAGAUUGCAUGGCAGAUCAUUUCAGGACCCCAUCAUCCAAAGUGAGAGGGCUAACCUGCCCUAUGAACUGGUGCCCAUGCAAGAUGAUAGAGUUGGAGCCAAGGUCAUGUACAUGGAUGAAGAGCACCAGUUCAGCAUUGAGCAGGUCAGUGCCAUGCUCCUGACCAAGAUGAAGGAGGUCGCUGAGGCUAACCUGCAGAAGAAAGUGCUCGACUGUGUCAUCUCUAUCCCGUCAUUCUUCACUGAUGCAGAAAGGAGGUCUGUGUUGGACGCUGCCCAGAUCGCUGGCUUGAACUGCUUGAAGCUUAUGAAUGACACUACAGCAGUUGCCUUGAAUUAUGGAAUAUACAAACAGGACCUUCCGCCCCCAGAGGAAAAGCCUAAGAAUGUUGUUUUUGUGGAUAUGGGUCACUCUGCCUUUCAAGUGUCUGUUUGUGCAUUCAACAAGGGAAAACUAAAGAUGCUAGCCACAGCGUUUGAUCCAUACUUGGGUGGACGGGACUUUGAUCAGAGGCUAGUGGAGCACUUCUGUGCUGAGUUUAAAUCCAGGUACAAGCUGGACGUGAAGUCACGGGUUCGAGCUCUGCUACGACUCCAGCAGGAGUGUGAGAAGCUUAAGAAACUGAUGAGCAGCAACUCCACUGACAUCCCCCUCAACAUUGAGUGUUUCAUGGAUGACAAGGAUGUGUCUGGGAAGAUGAACAGGGCCCAGUUUGAGGAGCUGUGUGCAGAUCUGAUAGAGCGAGUCACUGUCCCCCUGGUGGCGGUGAUGGAGCAGGCUCAGCUGCAGCUUGCAGACAUUACCGCUGUGGAGAUUGUGGGCGGGGCCACCCGCAUACCUGCCGUCAAGGUGAAGAUCGCCAAGUUCUUCGGGAAGGAGGUCAGCACGACGCUCAACGCUGAUGAGGCGGUGGCCAGGGGCUGCGCCCUGCAGUGUGCCAUUCUCUCCCCGGCAUUUAAAGUGAGAGAGUUCUCCAUCACUGAUGUCAUGCCUUUCCCAGUGUCACUCUCCUGGAGCAGCGAGGCCGAUGAGCCAAAAGGAUGUCACGAAGUCUUUUGCAAGAAUCACGCGUCUCCGUUCUCCAAAGUUAUCACGUUCUACAGGAAAAGUCCUUUUGUACUCGAAGCCUUUUAUUCAGACCCAGCGUCGCUGCCAUACCCUGAAGCCAAGAUUGGUGAAUUUUCAGUGCAGAAUGUAUCUCCUCAGGAGGAUGGGGAAAGGUCAAAGGUUAAGGUGAAAGUGCGUGUGAACGCAAACGGCAUUGUCAGCGUGUGCUCCGCUGCCAUGCUGCACAAAGUGAAGGCAGAGGACCACAAGGCCAACACAAUUGAAGACAUGCUCGAAGAGGGAAACUCACAAGAUGGUGUUGAUGACCUCGAUGGACAGGACAAGACACAUGAGAAAAAAGAUGGUGAUACCCUGCCUUCAGUAGAUACAGAAAACCAGCCAACUCCACAGUCCCCCCCCAUUGAUGGGGAAAACAGCCAUUCCAAUCCAGAAAGUAAUUUAGAAUUGAAUACCCACCAUCCACCUGAUGCCAAAAAGCCCAAGAUGAAGGUCAUGCACGUAGGACUGCCCAUCGAGGCCAAACUAACGCAUCAGCUUGGAAAGGACCAUCUAAACUUGUUCACAGAGCAGGAGGGUAAGAUGAUAAUGCAAGACAAACUGGAAAAGGAGCGGAACAAUGCCAAAAACGCUUUAGAGGAGAACGUGUACUACUUCCGACACAAACUUGAGGGUCCCUAUCAGAUGUACCUGACCUCAGAGGAUCAGGGGAAAUUCACCGAGCUGCUGACCUUGACUGAGAACUGGCUGUACGAUGAGGGAGACGACCAGGAGAAACAGGUGUAUCUGGACAAGCUGGCAGAAAUCCAGAAACUGGGCCUGCCUGUUCAGGAGAGAUACCAAGAAGCGGAGUGGAGGCCCAAGCUGUUUGAGGAGAUCAAAUCCAAGCUCCAAACAUACAUGAAAAUCACAGAGGAAUUCAAGAAUGGGGACGAGCAUUACACCCACAUCGAUGCGCAGGACAUGGAGAAGGUGACCAGAUGCGUGAAGGACACGCAAGAGUGGGUGGCCAACGCGAGCAACGCCCAGGACAGACUUCGCCUGGAUCAGGACCCCGCUGUCCGCAGCUCCGAAAUCCGAGGGAAGCUUCAGGAGUUGGAGAAUGUCUGUGAGCUUGUGGUCAACAAACCCAAACCCAGGGUGGAGUCCCCGGCUGAAGAGUCCAUGCAGACAGAGGGAGUCAACUAUAAGAAGGCGGAGGAUGUUGCCGUGGAAGAGGAGGUGGGCCUACAGAAUGGUGAAAAGUCCACAACUGGCAUGGAUCUGGAUUAAGUUAUACCGGCUGUGGAAAUUGGACGUGAUAUAUGAUAUGAUUUUUAAGGAAAAAGAUUUACCAAGUGAUAUAUAUACUGCAUCAGUGCUAUCACUAUGGCAAUCAGAUGUAUAUAUCUUGUGUUCGACAGCCAGGAAGCUGCAUUUUUUUGGCUCUGGUCAUCAGUAGACUUUUGUGGGAACAUUUUUUUUUAGUGUUCUUCUGCACUCUUCAGUUUGUCUUGUUUUGUAUUUAUUCUUGCUCAAAGCAUCUUUUACAUUUUUUAUUAGUUUUGUUGGUGAUGUUUUGCCACUAUGACUUGGAAAUGAAAACCUGCUAUGGAGCUGUAUAACUGAUCUCACCUCAUCAUUAGUAGACAGCAAAACAAGGUCUGACCACAGCACGCUAUUCAACAUGAUUUCUGAUCCGAAUAUGUGAUUCUUUUGUGUACGGUGCUCAAAUAAAAAUGGUAACAUGAACUCAGUUUAAAGUUUAUUUACAGCUGUUGCUACAUAUGUCUGUAUUAGCUAUAUGGUUAGCUACAAAAAUGGUGUUCAGCGUGUUAUUUAAUGGUUAAGUACAAUGUGUUCAUUGAAAUUCUUACUGUAUGUACUUGCACUCCAGAGCUUCCUUAAGAUUGCACAGCAAAUGGUUUUCUGAGAAUACCAGUCAUCUGUCUUCUGAAUUUCUGUUAUUUGGCUUAUCUCAUCUGGCUGGAAAGACUGUGUUAUUUUCACUCCAAAAUAAAGCAGGAGAAAAAAAGUACAAAAGACUAGAGUCUUUUGCAGAGCAG